UUUUCACUCUGCCGCUGAGCUCUCUCUGCUCCGCUCUGCUCAUCUCAUAACGGCUCCGCUCCUCCUCAAACCCCGGACCAAACCUGUUUCGCGCAUUCCUGAUCUGCCCAUGGUCCCUUCAGUCCUCCCGAGCAGAAGAAACGUCUGGACAACACCUGGACACUCCUGUAUUUAACUUUUUACACUUUUGCUGGACCUCUUUUACAUUCCAAAGAUUUAGGUCCAGGACGUACGUCGCGUAUCGUCUCCUAAAUCAGCGACCAAACUAGUUUUCUACCUUUGAUAAAACACCGUAGUAGGACGCAGUAGCGCACGCGUUUCUCCACAACUUAGAAGUAGUUUUUUUUCUUUUCCCUCCUGUAGUCUUAAAGUAACCAACCCGGGAACAAUGGCAGGUAUGAACUCUCUGGAUGCUGUGAAGAGGAAGAUCCAGAGUUUGCAGCAGCAGGCCGACGACGCGGAGGACCGAGCUCAGGUCCUACAGAAAGAGCUGGACAGUGAACGAGAGCUCCGAGAGAAAGCUGAGGGUGAUGUAGCAGCUCUUAACCGUAGGAUCCAGCUGGUAGAGGAGGAGUUGGACCGAGCCCAGGAGAGACUGGCCACAGCGCUGCAGAAACUGGAAGAGGCAGAGAAGGCUGCAGAUGAAAGCGAGAGAGGGAUGAAGGUGAUUGAGAACAGAGCAAUGAAGGACGAGGAGAAGAUGGAGAUUCAGGAGAUGCAGCUGAAGGAGGCCAAACAUAUCGCAGAAGAAGCUGACCGUAAAUAUGAGGAGGUGGCCCGGAAGCUGGUGAUCUUGGAGGGAGAGCUGGAAAGAGCUGAGGAGAGGGCCGAGCUCUCUGAAUGUAAAGCCAGCGACCUGGAGGAGGAGUUGAAAAAUGUGACCAACAACCUGAAGUCUUUAGAAGCCCAGGCUGAGAAGUACUCAGAAAAAGAGGACAAGUACGAGGAGGAGAUCAAAGUUCUGACUGACAAACUGAAGGAGGCUGAAACCCGAGCAGAGUUUGCAGAGAGAACAGUGGCCAAACUGGAAAAGACCAUUGAUGACCUGGAAGAAAAAUUAUCACAUGCCAAAGAGGAGAAUGUGGGCAUGCACAAAGUCCUGGACCAGACCCUGCAGGAACUGAACAGCUUAUAAACACACACACACACACUGAGAAGAUGAGAUGUCGUUAGCAUUCCAAUAAAUGUUCAACUCCAUUCCACAUUUACUCUCCACAUAAGAGGGAAUUGACUUGAUGCUUGAUCCUUGGGUGUUAUUUUUUCUUAUUUUUGAAGAGAUGAAAUCCUCUUAACUCAUCACCUUUCAUUUCCACUUGCCUUUGCACCCCCCCCCCUCCCCAAAUGAUCUUUGAUCACCUAAUAAUGAAAAAAAAAAAAAAAAACUAGCAACAAAUUUGUCCAAAAAAAGCCACGUAUUUGAUCAGUAAAUGACGAGAACUGGCUCAAUUUAUCAUGUUUACAUGUGCUUAAUAAAGUUCUUUUAUCUGACUUUAUUUUACAGGCUACAGGUGAUGCUGGGUUUCACUCAGGCCACGUUAAGUGUGGCUCUGACGUUCCAGAUUGUUGUGAUUAUGAAGUUACUCCCCUUUUUAUCUCCCUUCCUGUGAUGUACUUUUACAUCCAUAAGACAUUUCACUAAGCCUGGCCUGUUUUCAGCUGCAUCAUCCUGAUUAAUUUAAACUGCAGUGGCCAAAAGGAAAGGUUUCAGUGACAUACACUAUUAAGGCUCAUGCUGCUGAUGUACUUUAUACUUAUUUACACUCAACUUGAUUCUAAAGCCUCUCCAGCACAGCUUUGACCCGUCUGAGGCUGACAUGUGGAACAUUUAGUGCAUCAAACUGGAGUAUUUGUGGGAUUCUGACCUUUCAGUUUGCCACAGUUUACACAAUUCCAAAAAUGUAGCCAAUAUUUACUCCAAUUUAUUGUCAAACAUGAGUGAGUUUAGCCCCCAAACCACUGGAAGCUCAGUCAAGUCUUAUCAAUGGUGGAUUGUAUAUAGUAGAAAUAUGUUAGGUAAUAUGAUCACGUAUUUCUUGGGAGUUUUUCCUUUCUAUGUAGACCCAUUCUUUUUUCCAGGGGAAAUUUGAAAGCCAAAGAAAACACAUGAAACAGAAGAUGAAUCGUCGAAUGUUUUAUUAUUGUUUGUGAUGUUUAAGGUUUCUGCUCAUGUCUUGCCUCACAUUUGAUUGAGACUGUAUGUUAAGCCCCCCCCCCCAACACAAUAAAUAAAUGUUUUACAGAA